GGUACUCGGGACAUAGGCACGCAUUCCUUACUCUGACCGCGCCGGCAGCCGACGCAGGGCACGGGAUGGGAGACAAGACGGCUGACCGGGCGGCACCGUUCUGGAUGACCGACGGCCCCAUUCAUGAAGGCCGGCUAGUGGUGUGCACCAUAAGAUCAUAAGAAUCAAUUAUUGUUAUUUGCAGCCGCCGCUUUCCCGACACUUCCUUCACUCCUUUAUCAGACCUAUACGGUACUCACUUGUCUACCGAAAAUUAAGUCAGGAUAUCUCCUGCUCCGGACCAGAAUACAGCAACCAUGGGCUCGGAACCGAUUUGGGUACCUAGCAAUACGCGACACACUGGCAUCCACACCUUUCGGCUGUACGUCAAUCGGACAUAUUCCUUGAAUCUUCAGACAUACGAUGACCUACACAAAUGGUCUGUCAUGAACAUCCCGGACUUUGCCGAAGCUCUUUUCGUUUUUGCCGGCAUCCACGCUUCGACCCCGUACCUUCGACCAGCCGAUGGAGUCGACACCAUGUAUCCGCCGCCACGGUGGUUUCCCGGUGCCCGGUUGAAUUACACCGAGAAUAUCCUUAAGCCUGGACUCGGGUUGCGACCGAACGGUAUUGCCGUUACUGUCUGUGACGAAGACCCGAGUACGAGUGUCGAUAUCACGUUCCUCGAGCUCGAGAGACAGACAGCACUCUGGGCUACGGCGUUGCGGAACAUGGGUGUUGGAGUGGGAGACAGAGUUGCUACUGUGCUACCCAACAAACUCGACUGCCUCCUUGUUCUCCUGGCUGCUGGCUCUAUCGGGGCGAUUUUCUCGUCGACCUCACCUGACAUGGGUGCCACUGGUAUUAUCGAGAGGUACAAACAGGUUCGACCUAAGGUUUUGGUUUGUGAUACCGUCGUCACCUAUGCAGGCAAGAAAAUAGAUUUGCGGAAACGACUAUUUGAAGCAAACAAAAAGCUAUCUGAGCUGGUCCCCGAGCUUCAACAUACCUUGGUGGCCAAUGGUCCCAUCUUUGAGGGCCAAAACGUGAAAUCGGCCAACUCUGUGCUUGCGGCCACCCGUGCAACAAGUCCCCGAUACGAGCAGCUUCCCUUCGACCACCCGAUCUACAUCCUGUACACCUCCGGCACGACGGGGACUCCAAAAUGCAUCACGCAUGCAGCAGGUCGAGCACUCCUGCAACAAAAGAAAGAACUCAUCCUCACCGGGGACGUCAAACCCAACUCGACUUAUUAUCAAUACACGACGACUGGUUGGAUGAUGUGGAAUUGGGUCGUGGCAGUAUUGAGCGUGGGUGGGCGAAUCAUUCUUUAUGAUGGCAGUCCGCUUCAUCCCACGCCGAGUGCGCAAAUCGAGUUGAUCAAGAAACAGGAUGUCACCCACUGGGGAACAAGUCCAAAAUUCCUCGCCGCCCUGAGACGCUCUGGGCUUCCCAAGGACAUGGACCUUCCGAGUCUCUGUCAUGUCGGUUCUGCAGGAUCGCCCCUCAGCGCCGAGCUCCAUCGAUGGUUCGCAGACACGUUUCCGGCUGGAGUAGGACUAACCAGCGGUUCGGGGGGUACUGACCUGGUCGGAGGGAUUGUCUCCGGCAGUCCGAUAACCAAUAUCUACCCUGGUGAGAUCUCCGUGCCAAACCUAGGCAUGAAGGUCGAAAUCUGGGACAGUUCGGGGAGGAAUAUUGAAGACUCCGGCGAGAAAGGUGAUCUCGUUAUUACGAAGCCCUUUUUCAGCAUGCCAAUAGGGUUCUGGGGUGAGAAUGGCAAGGCCAAGUACCGUGCAGCUUAUUUUGAGCAGUAUCCCGGCGUAUGGUACCACGGGGACUUCAUCAGGAAAAUCCCCGGGACCAAUGGUUAUGAGAUUCUGGGCAGAAGCGACGGCGUCCUUAACCCUGGAGGCGUGCGGUUUGGCAGCGCAGAAAUUUAUGGCAUCUUGGACAAGUUUGAAGAACUCCAAGAUUUCCUCUGCGUUGCACAGAAGCUUCCACCCACCUUUCAGGAUGAGCAAGUCUUGCUUUUCAUUAUGAUGGCCGCUGGCAAGCGGCUUGACGACAGUCUUUUGUCCAGGAUCAAGCAGGAAAUAUCGCGAUCACUCAGUCUGAGACACGUUCCGGGUGGGAUACACGAGGUGCACGGUAUUCCCUAUACCGUGAACGGAAAGCGUAUUGAGAAUCUAGUGAGGGAUAUUGUGGCCGGGAAAUCCGUCGGUGAAGCGCGAACCGCGAUAAAUCCAGAGUGUCUGAAGGAAUAUGAGAACUUCAGGCUCGGCGCCGCGGAAGCAGCGCAAAGCAAGCUCUGAAGUGCUUUUGGGGGGUUUCCAGAGAAUGGAAUGGAAUUUUUGAUGUUCUAUUAGUCAUGUCAACUAGUUUGUCCUAGAUACGGUUCGGUCUGGGUACAAGAGUAGAGCCAACUAGGUCACUGAACUCCUGUUGCUUGAUCAACAGGCGGUGAAUUACCGUAGAAUUUAAGAUAUAAUACAGACUGGGGGAGUCCCCAAUCAUGUCCUGACCUGAGUACCAGCCUUCAACCCCGGAGAUACUGC